CCCAAAGAAAGUAGACAAAGCCUCCGAUGUGGAAAAGCAGCUGUCAUCCUACAAGGCUCCGUGCUGGGGCUGCAGCAAGAAGGUGACUCUUGCAAAGAUGAGGUUGCACAUUUCUUCCUGCAUGAAGGUCCAGGAGCAGAUGGCCAACUGUCCCAAGUUUGUCCCUUUAGUGCCAACAAUCCAGCCCAUUCCCAGCAAUAUCCCAAACAGAUCCACCUUUGUGUGUCUCUACUGUGGAGCCCACAAUCUGGCCCAGCAGGAGCUGGUAAAACACUGCAUGGAGAAUCACUGCAAUGACCCCAACCAAGUGGUCUGCCCCAUCUGUUCAGCCAUGCCCUGGAGCGACCCUAGCUACAAGAGUGCCAACUUCCUGCAGCACCUCCUCCAUCAACACAAAUUCUCCUAUGACACCUUUGUGGACUACAACAUCGACUAAGAAGCUGCGUUUCAGGCCGC